GCCUGCGCGGUGCCAGCGUCCACCGCUCCCUCGCGCCGGCGGCGGCUCCGCGAGCCCGAACCCCGGCCCGAGACGGAGACGGACCGGCCGAGCGGCCCCGCCCUGGGAUCCAUUGUUGCGGCGGCCGCGGCUCUGCGGGCCGCUGGGUGCUGUUCCCCUCGGCCCGGGCGCCGGCGGUGAGGAGCGAGCGCAGCCCGGGCGGCGGCCUGAGAGACGUUGCUGUGAGUCUUCGAAGCUCUUCACCAGGAGAGUAGAUGCUCACGGAGGACCAUCCAGUCGCACCGGAGACACAACGCAGCGAUGGAGGAGUUAAUAGUGGAACUUCGUCUCUUUCUUGAACUCCUGGACCACGAGUACCUAACGUCCACGGUCAGGGAGAAGAAAGCCGUGAUCGCGGACAUCCUGCUCAGGAUGCAGGCCUCCAGAGGUUCUGAAGUGAGAGACCAGGCUCCGAAGCAGGAGACCCCCAGCAGCCUGCCGGCCCCUCCCCAGAUGCCUCUGCCGGAGAUCCCGCAGCCCUGGCUGCCCCCUGACAGCGGGCCGCCCCCCCUGCCCACGUCCUCGCUCCCAGAGGGUUACUAUGAGGAGGCCGUGCCGCUGAGUCCUGGGAAAGCUCCGGAAUACAUCACGUCAAAUUAUGACUCGGAUGCGAUGAGUAGCUCUUACGAAUCGUAUGACGAGGAGGAGGAGGACGGCAAGGGGAAGAAGGCGCGCCACCAGUGGCCCUCGGAGGAGGCCUCCAUGGACCUGGUGAGGGACGCCAAGAUCUGUGCCUUCCUGCUGCGCAAGAAGCGCUUCGGACAGUGGACCAAGUUGCUCUGCGUCAUCAAAGACACCAAACUGCUGUGCUACAAGAGCUCCAAGGACCAGCAGCCGCAGAUGGAGCUGCCCCUCCCGGGCUGCAGCAUCGCCUACGUCCCGAAGGACGGCAAGAAGAAGCAGCACGAGCUGAAGAUCACGCCGCAGGGCACGGACCCGCUGGUGCUCGCGGUGCAGAGCCGGGAGCAGGCCGAGCAGUGGCUGAAGGUGAUCCGAGAGGUCUACAGCGGCUGCAGCGGGCCCGUGGACGCCGAGUGUCCGCCGCCGCCAGGCUCCCCGGUGCACAAGGCAGAGCUGGAGAAGAAACUGUCCUCGGAGAGACCAAGCUCGGACGGGGAGGGUGUCAUGGAGAAUGGAGUCGCCGUGUGUAACGGGAAAGAACAAGUCAAGAGGAAAAAAAGUUCCAAAUCAGAGGGCAAGGGGACCACAUCUAAAGUCACUGGGAAGAAAAUCACCAAGAUCAUCGGCCUGGGAAAGAAAAAGCCGUCGACCGACGAGCAGACCUCCUCUGCCGAGGAGGACGUGCCCACCUGCGGCCACCUGAACGUGCUCUCCAACAACCGCUGGCGGGAGCGCUGGUGCAGGGUCAAGGACAACAAGCUCAUCCUGCACAAGGACAGGACCGACCUGAAGACCCACCUCGCGUCCAUCCCUCUCCGCGGCUGCGAGGUGAUCCCGGGGCUGGACUCCAGGCACCCGCUGACCUUCCGGCUGCUCCGCAACGGGCAGGAGGUGGCCGUGCUGGAGGCGGCGUCCUCGGAAGACAUGGGCCGGUGGAUCGGCGUCCUGCUGGCGGAGACGGGGUCCUCCACAGACCCCGGCGCCCUGCACUACGACUACAUCGACGUGGAGAUGUCGGCCAACAUCAUCCAGACAGCCAAGCAGACCUUCUGCUUCAUGAACAGACGUGUCAUCUCCACCAACCCCUACCUCGGGGGCACCCCCAACGGCUAUGCCCACCCCAGCGGGACGGCACUGCACUACGACGACGCCCCCUGCGUGAACGGCUCGUGGGACCCCGACGGCGGCUCGGCCGCGUCCUGCCGCGGAGGCCCGGGAGGAGAGGUGCCGUACGAUAACUUGCCGUCUCCGAAAAUCUUUGCGCGCUACCCGCCUGCUGACAGGAAGGCUGCUAGGCCGCCUGCCGACACCCUGUCCUGUAACCAUUACAAGCAGCCCACGUCCUGCGGGCUGCCUCCCGCCCCGUCUGUCACUAACACCUCUUCUGUGGGGAGGGCGUCUCUCGGGCUCGGCUCCCAGUUGAAGAGUAAAAAGCCCCCACUCGCAUCCAGCGGGGCUGCAGGAAAAGGCAAGCCCCUGAGCAGCCAGCCCAAGAAGGCCGAGCCGGCCGCCGGCGUGAGGCGCACGCCUUCCAAUGCUGACCAGUACAGAUACGGCAAGAACAGGGUGGAAGCAGAUGCCAGGCGCCUGCAGACCAAGGAAGAGGAGCUGCUGCGGCGGAAGGAAGCCCUGCGGACCAGGCUGGCCCAGCUCCGGAAGGAAAGGAGGGACUUGCGGGCCGCCAUCGAGGCGAACGCUGGCAGGAAGGCGCAGCUGGCCCUGGAGGAGAAGCUGAAGGCGCUGGAGGAGGAGUGCCGGCGGAAGGAGGCGGAGCGUGUCAGCCUGGAGCUGGAGCUCACCGAGGUCACGGAGAGCCUCCGCAAGGCCCUGGCCGGCGGCGUCACCCUGGGGCUGGCCAUCGAGCCCCGCUCAGGGACCUCGAGUCCACAGUCCCCAGUGCUCAGGCCCCGGACUCUGGAGAACUCCCCGCUGUCCAGCUGCGAGACCAGUGACGCCGAGGGCCCCGUGCCCGUGAACAGCGCCGCCGUCCUGAGGAAGAGCCAGCCGGCCGGCAGCUCUCCCUGCCGGGGGCACGUGCUUCGGAAGGCCAAGGAGUGGGAGCUGAAGAAUGGGACGUAGGAGAGCGGACGUCACGAGAGGCCGCGGCUCCAGCAGGCCCGCCGUGCCCGGACCUGGCAUACGUUUCUACAGUAUGACGUGUCCUGUAAGGAGAUGUGCCCGGCCGCUUGGCUCCCACGUGGUCUCUUCAGGCGGCCGGGGUGAGGUGAUGGAACACCAUCCUCCGCCAGGUGGGGUCUCGGCUCCCCCAGUGCCAGCCAGCCAGCUGCCGACGGGGUGCGGUGGGGACUGGCCAGGCCGCCGGGAGCGUGUCGCCCCCAAGGGCAGUGUGCACUUGUCUGUGUCCCCUCCCCCUGCCUGCCCGCCUCCCCUGCCGUCCCUGAAGCCACCACAUGUGAGCUGGGUCUGAGGACAGCUGGGAGGCGCUUCCCUGGAGCUUCUGGACAGGAGCUCCGUAGCGGGACGUGCUCUCUAAGCUCCUCACACUUCUGUGUGUGCUGCACUUCCCCUCGGGGUUCCCGGAGGCUCCUACCGAUUUUAUGAGGAUGUUACUGCUUUGGAAAGGCCGUGAGGGUUUUGGAUUCUUCGCCCUGUGUCCUCCUUCCCAGUACCACCCCCACCUCCUGCACUGGCGCCACAGUGGCCCAUGGAGAGCUGGCAGCCUCACGGGCACACGGCUACCCUUCCCUUCCUAGGCGUCACGGCGGGGGCCCUGGAAGUCGCAGGUCUAUAGCCAUAGCACGGAGAGCAGGAGAGGGCCUUCCAGAGCCUCCAGCCCCCCAAAUCCCCCGCCCCCAGUUUGCAAUUCCGAGCCAUAGCCGUGUCCGUGGACCUGGGCUCGCCCCUCCUCCCGGCACACAGGCCUCAUACGGCCUCCUCAUCACUGUGCCGUCUGCCUCCCGGGGAGCCCCUGGGUGACCCCCUGAGACCCAGGGGACAGGGUGCUGGCCUCCACGCAGCCUAGCAGCCCACACUGUCCCCAGGCCUCUCAGUGCUCGCUGGGCGCCAGGGUCCUGUGGGGGCUCAGGGUUGGGCUGUAUGGGACGUGACCGGCUCCACGGAAGCCAGUCCCGCGUGAGGAGCUGGAAGGUGCUUACCUGGGCUCCACCCGGGGCCUGAGCUCCCUGCAGAGCCGCCUGCCGGGACGUUGGUCAGGAGGUCGGCCCUGGCCUGCCCUGCUGGCCUCCUCACACCCAGGAUGGCGCUGGAGGCUGGUCCCCCAGCACUCAGCACAGUGACCCCGGGGCGGCCCGGCCUGCUGGGAGCCAGCGCAGGGAGCACCCGGCCGCACACAGCUCUCUUCCUGGAAGGGAAGGCUCGCUCUCCCGUCGCCUUGCAGCUCCGGGUCCAGUGGUUUCCAGUCAAGCGAGGCCUCACUCGCCACUGUGCCUGCAGCCGCCCUGGCCCAAGAGAGCCUCCAGGUCCAACUCACCACACGGGAGGCCCGGCGGUGGGCAACCUCCCGGCCGUGUGCGCCUGCCCGGGGUCCAGCCUUCGACUCCUGGCGGACACAGGCGGCGUUCGUAAAGCCGGGUUUUAAUCCCCUUCCAUAACCACAAGCCUUUAAGGGGGGCGGGGAACGUUCCGCUGGGGAGACGGGGUGCCCCAAGGGGAGGCUGCUGACGCCCACGAUAGCGCGUCUCUGUGUCCUAGAUGUGAUCAGAAACCAGCUUAAAGCAUUUGCUUCCAAGUGAGUUAUUUAUUUGUGUAUGUUCAGUAAGUAUAGCUUCUAAUUUAUAUCUGUACAUAGUAGACACACCAGGCUUCUGUCCGAUGGGGCGAAGUCCUGUUGCCCUGGGAGAACCGGGUCCCUUAACAGAUGGUCAUGUUCAGAGCGCGGGCCAGACUCCAGGGGUCCAGACGGCAUGAGAGGGGGCUGGGGGGUGCCCUCGUGGUCUCAGCCCCUCCUGCUGGGCCUGAGGCCCUGCCAGCCUCAGAGCCCCUCCACUUUUACACCCCCC